CAAACGGCCACCGGUGAGGGGCAAAAUCGCUGAUUAUCUCCCGUCGAUAGUGGGGUAAGUUACAGCAACUACAGCACCUAGAGGUGAUGCCUCAUAGCCUAAGGCAUGUUACAUUUUUAUCGACACCUUUCCCCGCAAACACUCCUUCACACCUCAAACACAUCCAUCAACAACUUAACCUUCAAUACCUCACACGCCCACAUCUCGAUUCCCAACACACCAAUCCUCAACCUCUCCACACCACCACCCAAAAAGACAAUCGAGAAAAGCCAUGACCACCCCCCCAAGCGACGCCCUAACCUUCCCCGCCUCCGACCGCGAAUUUCUCGAACCACACCUCCCCCCCAUCCCCUCGCCCGCACCCUCAACCACCACCCCAACCCAGAAUGCCGAACCAACCCUCCCAUUCACGACCCUCACCUUCGCGACCUCGCUCGACUCCUCCCUCGCCUUAUCGCCAGGCACGCGCACCGUCCUCUCGGGCCCGCAAUCCAAAGCCAUGACGCACUACCUGCGCUCGCGGCACGACGCGAUCCUGAUCGGCGUCGGCACGGCCAUCGCCGACGACCCGGGCCUGAACUGCCGAAUCGCGGGCGUGGGCGGGUACGGAGCUGCACCGGGGAGUCUGGAGGGCCAACCGCGGCCCAUCAUCGUGGAUCCCUCGGCGCGGUGGCGGAUCACGCCGCAGGCCAAGAUCGUGGAGAUGGUGCGGCGGGGCCGCGGGCGGGCGCCGUGGGUGCUGAUUGCGGCGGGGACGGAGGUGGACUCGGAGGUGAGGGGGGUGUUGGAGGGGGUUGGGGGGCGGUUUAUUCCGGUGCCUUGGGGGAAUUUCCCGGGGGAUGGGGAGGGAAAGGGGAGGAAGGAGUUCGAUUGGAGGCUGGUGCUGGAGUAUCUGCGGCGGGAGGAGGGGGUGCGCAGUAUUAUGAUUGAGGGCGGGGCGGCGGUGAUUAAUUCGUUGUUGGAGCCGAGGUUUCAGGGUCUGGUCAGUUCGGUGAUCGUGACGAUUGCGCCGACGUGGUUGGGGCGGGGCGGGGUGGUGGUUUGUCCGCCGCGGAGGGUGGAGGGCGGGGCGGUUGUGCCGGCGUCGCGGUUGACGGGGGUUAGGUGGUAUCCUUUUGGGGAGGACGUGGUGCUUUGUGGGAGGAUUAGGGUUGAUUCCUAGGUUGUGGUUGAUGGGUUGUUGAAAGAAAGGGGGGUCUGGGGGUUCUCCCCCAGAAUACUUAAAUUAUUAGACUUAGGAUUAAGGGGUCUGGGAGUUGAAAGAAAAGGGGGGUCUGGGGGUUCUCCCCCAGAUACUAUUAUAUUACUGGACUUGGGAUUGAGGCUACCGCGGAGCUGAAACAGGGGGAUCUGGGGGUUAGCUUCAGGUUUCUGUACAACAGCACUAAUCUAAGCCUGCACUUCCUUAGCAGGAAGUAUCUGC